GAAUACGUCCUCCAUGUGAGUCGACUAUUGAAUGGAUGAACUUACAGAUGCAGAACAUUUACGAAUUGAACAAAACCGAAAACGUGCCUUAGAACUUAGACUUUCACAAGUUGUGGCAAAUGAUCGUCAUGAUGUUUAUGCAUCAGUCCCACAAUCAAAAUUGAAUACAAAAUACUUAAGUGAUGGAGGUUUUAUUUUUGAAGAGGAAACUUCUAAUCAUAAUUAUCCUUAUACAGAAAAAGAUGAAGAAUUUUCAGAUCCAGAAUUAAAUGCAACUGUUAAACCUAAAAAACGCAAACAAAAGUGUAUAAAACAAUCAAACGCUGAGUCGAAUCUCCUCAUAGCUGAAUCCAAUGUACCUAUUCCCCCUGAUCAAGAAAAACCAACUUGUGAUUUAUGCCAUAAACUGUUUGAAGAAUCAUUUUUACGUAAAACAUUUGAAGUAGAUGUUUGUGAUAAAUGUCGAGAUCCUAAAAAUAUUCAUGCUUUAAUUACUAAAAGUUCAGCAAAAGAACGUUAUUUACUAAAUGAUGUUGAUUUAGACAUACGUGAACCGAAAUUGAACUAUUUGUUGAAACGUAAUCCACACAAUUCAAGUUGGGGUGAUAUGAGGCUGUAUUUGGAGGCACAAGUAACAAUAACUGUUUUAGAAACUUGUUAUUCCAUUUAUCAUUGGUUUUUCAUAUUUUUAUUCUUAUGUUAAAAUGUUACUCGAUCUCAAUUUUCUACUAAUAGUGUUUUUGUAAAGAUGAGCAGUAAUAAUUAGCUUCUUAGAUAAGACUUUCUUUUGAUUGGGAGUGUAGCUUAUUUCAGUAUUCAAUAGAUCACAACAUUUAUUGAUCUCUUAUUUUGUCGUUAAAUUUUAACAUGAACCUCUAUGAGUUUGCUCCCAGAUUAUAACUGGCAAAGAGCUAUUAGACAAGGAAUAGAUGGAUAUUCAAUAAUCCUUGACUAUGAGUGAUUCACUAGUGGAAUAUAGUUUAUGGUCAUAGAAAUAUCCAAAUUAAUUAAUUCUUAACGUAAACAUCUGAUUGAAAAAAUGUCAAUAUCUGAACAACAACUUCAUCUAAUUUUUAUGUAGAUUUUACCUAUAAAAGGAUCUAGGCCUUGAAAUACCCAUUCAUCAUAUAAAAAUUAUCAGGCCUUUUAAGUGCUCCUAAGUGCCCUGAUACAGCUGAGGGUGGGGAGAGUUAGAUCUCCCUCUCGAAAUGCUCUCACAUGGCCACGUGUAUACAGCCACUGGCAGGACAGUCCUCACUGCCUUCUCGCGGCUGGGGUGUUGUUUACGGAGAUGAGAGGACGAAAAGCGAGUGUCCGGCGCUUUAAUCAGGUCGGUAGACAUAGAGCGUUCACCUAGGGGAGUUGGAAAACCCUUAUUCCAAACCAGUGGUGAGCAUGUACUCCAGGAUCGUGAAGGGACAAAUGGCGUAUGAACCAUUUAUUGGUCACCGGCUACCAUGGGACUGCAUCUCCUUAUUUCGCUUUACUGCCUUGUGUAUUAGACCUAUAGAUCGAAGGCUUCGAGUGUGGCCCCCUACGGAAACCACCUGCUUCGGUCUGGGCAUUCGGGCAGUAUCACAGGCCAUACACAAAUCAAGCGACUUGUAUGGUGCAUAUGUAUUCGGUACCCCUUUGUACCAAUAUUUAUAUGUUUAAGUAAUUAAUUAAUUAUUAAAGGGCUUUUAAGUUAUGGGUUUUAUGAAAUCACUAUCAAAGUUUUGUUUAGCAACAUGUCGCUUCUCAAAUAAAAAUAUUAAUGACUAUUGUUAAAUGCUUAAUCAAUAUAUCCAUUUACCACAUAGGACGGAUCUAUUCCAUGUUCUGCCUUUUAACUUCAAUCGUUUUGUGUAGUUAUGUGAUUUUCUAACAAUAUUUGUCUGACCAAUGAGAAAUUUAAUCCCAAUCUACCUCAAUCGUUUGAUACCUCAGAUUGUUGUAAAAUAAUGAAUUUUGUCAUUAGAAAAUCGGUUAUGAGUAUUGUUAAAAGUAUCUUACUUUCUAUUUUCCGUAAAAUUCAGAUUGCCGAACGUGCUCUAGAAAUCUGGGGUAGUGAAGAUGCAUUAGAAAAAGAACGUGAAAAGCGCCUUAAGCGCAAUGAAGAAUCGAAACUUAAAAGUUAUAGUAAAAAGGUUAAAGGUAAGUAUUAGGGAUUCCCAAUUCGUGUAAACUAUACUCAUUAAUUCGUUGGAAAUACAUUGAGAUAACUAGUCAUGGAGUAGUCACUAGUUUGAGAUGGUGGAGAAGAUUUGUAGCUCAGGUGAAUGAUUUUGAUGAAGUUUUGUUCUCUGAGCUGGAUGUUUUGGUUGUGGAGCUCCCAUUGUUCUUUUGAAUGACAUCACCAGCACAAACUUCAUGUAGAAGUAAGGUGUUCGGAUUUCUCCACAUAUGACUCCCAGCUUGUCCUGUAGACCUCGAUCUUAAUCGGUUACUGUUGGCCUUUAACCUGUCAUUGUUUACUUCUCUAUCUUGAUUGCAUCUCACAAUGAUAUGAUUCCUGUCCAUGAUUUCUCUGAUUGGUUAAUAAAUUGGGACGAUUUCAAUGUGUGUGUUGAUUGCUGAUUUACCUGAGUGCCAAGCUUCUAAAAAUUCUGGUGUUUUUAGAAUUCUGUCUAUCCAAGAUCUCAAUAUUUUCCAGUCAAAUAUAUGUCCACAUGCAUCCAUAUAACUGAAAAUACGUAAUGUCGUUUGACCGCUAAUUGAUGUUCAUGCAGACGAAGAUGAAGAAUGCGUCCGCAGUGUCCGAUAUAGUGUUUUUCGUAGUUAGAACAAUUUAUCAUGCAGAUGAUGUUCGGUUUUUCUUCUUUUGUCAUUUCUUCCUUUGGUUUGCAUAGGAUUGAUCGAGGUGAUUUUGUUGGUUUGUGAUAAGAUGGAAAGAAAGCCAAAAUUCAAUUGAUUUAAUAAUUAUAAGCUUUGUUCAACAAUACUUCCUUUCUAAUUCAAUGUAAUGAUUACUUAAUGUAGUAUUUUUUUCUUUUCUCGCACGAUAUCUUAUUCUGCGUAAUAUACGAUAUUCUUGUAUUUAAUUGGCAUAUAAUAUCCUGAAAUAUUUACAUAUACUUAUAGGAUUUAUCAUUACAAUUACUUUAUCUCAAUCAUUGUAUCAGUUAUUCACAGUUCGUGUAUUUGUUUAACCGUUCUUUAGACGCAGCGGUUUCCACAUUGUUCUCUCUUGGGUGGGCUUUUGCUUGUUGAUAAACUGUUAGCAACUGUAGACACAGCUAACAACUGUCUUUUGCACUACUGAAGCCCUUUUUAUUUCAGACAAAAACACGCGGUAAACACUGUAGACACCUCACAAUUUGAGAACCGCUAUUUUAGACAUCGUUACUUUGCGAACUUCGAUUUUGCGCGAAUCUCAAUCGCGUGAAUUGGACGCUUCGAUAGACUUAACAGUUCUCAACUUUGGUUCAAAUUGGUUCGAAUCUUCUGAGUGACGAACUCUGGUCGAAAUUCGGUUCUGUUAGUUUGGCCUAACGAUGGCCCAGGGAAAUGAAGUACAAUACCAACAGCUCAGAUAAAACAGAUCAUUUAAUUGCUGAAAAUAUUGUUCCCUCAACCUCUAAGGUGAACUCAUCUACUUCAAAUGUUGUUUUCGAUAAUGUAAAACCUAGCCUCGAAGAUAGCUGCCUCUUAUUAGACACCUACUGGAAUAUGUGCAGCACAAAAACCAACAAAAUGACUUCAGUUAAUCCUAUG